GCAACGCUGGUGUGCAGUCCGUCAAUAAAAACUAAAGAAGAAGAGACGUUAAGGCGGAAGAAGAAGAAGAAUAACAACUGGACACUCGCUUGUAUAUUCUCUAAAAAGAAAAUGGACACACGCUUCACUCGAGGGAAGUCCACCAUCUUGGAGCGACCCCUGACCCGACCCAAGACCGAGGUCAGCGUGAGCGCCUUCGCCCUCCUGUUCUCCGAGAUGGUCCAGUACUGUCAGAGCCGCGUGUACUCGGUGUCUGAGCUGCAGACCCGCCUGGCGGACAUGGGCCAGAGUGUGGGCGCCAGCAUGCUGGACGUGCUGGUGCUGAGGGAGAAGAACGGCAAGCGCGAGACCAAAGUCCUGAACAUGCUGCUCUUCAUCAAGGUAGGCAAGUGUUCAAGUGAAAAUGCUAGAUAA